ACCAAAAGCUCCCAAUAAAAGCAUCAUUUUGUUUAUCAGAACAAAUCCCUGUAACCUCAUUGAGAUAGGGAUAAAAACUAAACUAGAAAGAAAGAAAUAAAAGAAGGAAAGACCCUUCUCUCUCUCUCUCUCUCUCGCUUCCUUGUUUUCUCCCUCGUCAGUCUUCCUGUGAGUUUCUCAUCAUCUUCUCUUCUUUUUCUUCUUCUCCUCAAUGAUUGGAAGAGAAAGAUGAACACUAUCAGGUGUUGCAUCUCAUGCAUUCUUCCCUGCGGUGUACUGGACGUGAUCCGAAUCGUCCACACAAAUGGCAAAGUGGAGGAGAUAAGCGGCAGUGUCAAAGCAGCCGAGAUCAUGAAACUUCAUCCAAAGCACGUCUUGAAGAAGCCGCCGUCACCGUCAGAGCAAGGGCUCUGCCCCAAGAUCGUGAUCCUACCGCCGGACGCCGAGCUUAAGCGCGGGAAGAUAUACUUCCUCAUGCCGCUGCCGCCGUCGCCGGAGAAGAAGAAGAAAAGGAAGGAAGUGCAAAGCAAGGCCAGCAACAGAGCCAACGGCAACAGUAAUGUCUCCGUGAAGAGCCUUGUGGUCUCCGAUCGGUACUUGAACGAAAUCCUGUCGGAGAAGCUUUCGACGCAGAGGGACCGGCGGCGUGGUCGCACCGGCGUGUGGCGGCCGCAUUUGGAGAGCAUAUCUGAGACGCUGAGUGAAGUUUAAUGGCGGGUUAAACUACAGGAUUCUCUCUAUCAACAGGAUCGGUAAUCAAGAUUCACAAAAGUGGAAUUUAAAAAUUUGGAGUCACCAAUGCUACGAUUACGAUUACCUUGGUAACCGCGAGGCUACAACCAUGGUGGGUUCACAAAUUUAAGUCACUACCUUUUGAACUCUUUUUUUUUUUCGGGUUCUUUCUUUCUUUCUUUCUUGUAUAUUGAGGUAUAGAGGCAAAAGGAAAUAUAAUAAACCGAGCUUAUGCCAUGUUUCCGAGCAGUUCUCGUAGGAUAGAUAUUGGCGCCGGAGCACGGCCACUAAUUGGUUGCAGAACAGUCGCCGGAAAACCAAUUGGUUUGAGCUUCAAUAAUAUUAGCUUAUGUAAUUUAUUCAUUAUUGGAAUACAUACAAUCGAAAUAUAUAAU